CCCAUUCUGCGCGCCACCAACUGCCGCGGGCCCCCCCUCCCCCCCCCCGGGAUCGCUGCGGCGGAAGGCAUCUGAGAGUCACUGCCAGACUACGGCAUGGAGUCGACAGAGAGGUGGCGGGAGCCCGCGGCCGCGCCAGUGCCGGAGUCCGACAUGCCGGUGGUGCUGCGGCGCGCUGUGCCAAACGACCACAGCUGCCUGUUCUAUGCCGUGGCGUACGUGGCGGAGGGCUACGAGGCACUGAGGGAAGGCGCGGCCAAGGCGCGCGAAUUGAGGGACCUGUGCGCCGCAGACGCGCUCUCGGACCCGGACCCCGACACGCGGGCCCUGAUGCUAGGCUGCAGCAGCGCGGACGAGUACGCAGAUUGGAUCAGGGACGAGACGCACUGGGGUGGAGAGAACGAGAUCCUGACGCUGGCCAGACACUACGGCGUCGAG